UCUGAAGGAGCUUUUCGUGGAGUGUAAGCGUGUUUUGCGUCAGGUGUCCGUGCAGUUCCAGUAAAUACCUAUUGGAUCGCGUGAUAGUGUUGCCUCAUAUCUAGUCCGGAACUGAACCGAAUUCCUACCGAUCUGGAGUUGUCGCUGAACCAAACGGUGGUUUCUUCACCAUUCUCGAGGUUCUUUCAUAUUAAACGAUACCAACAUGGCCACUUUAAGCAACUCUAAAGGUGUCCUGAUUGGCUGCUUGCUUCUCUUCAGUCCUCUGUUGAUGAUUGGAUGCAAGGGGUGUGCGGACACGGACCCGUGUUGCCUGAACAAGCGCAUCGUGACACGCCGGGAUCACGUCUGCCGCGCCGCCACCAGCGAAUGCGAUGUGCCAGAGUACUGCGACGGCGAGAAUGCCACAUGUCCAGAGGACCUGACUGCGCGCAAUGGCUGGCCUUGCUCCAAUAGUCAAGCAUACUGCUGGAGUGGAGUUUGCCAAUCGUUAUCUAGCCAGUGUCAGAGGGCCUGGAACGAUUCAGCUCAAGGACAAGCUAUUCUGGGCUGCUUCACCCGCAUAAACACGCUUGGAAUGAAUGCUGGCAACUGUGGUUUCAAAUUGGACAAUUCCUCCGCAGCAGCAGGAAGGUUUACAGAUUGUAAACCCGGAGAUUCCCUCUGUGGUACUUUGUUUUGCCGUCCAGGUCAGAAACUAUUACCAGUCCGUAGUGAUACACAAUACAGAAUCUAUACAUUACAAGACCAAGGCCAAUUGUUUGAAUGCAAAGGUUUGUCCGCAGAUCCACCAACAAGCCAUGACGACCCAUCGCUCGUGAAUGACGGAACACUCUGUGAUGCCAGCGGUGCUAACAAGGACCUCGUGUGCCACAAGCAACGCUGCAUGGACAAGUCUCGAGUCACCAGGCAGUGUUCGGCCGAUUCUGAUGGGGGCAAAGAGUGCCAUGGAAUCGGUGUGUGCACAACUGCAACAACCUGCCAUUACCCACCCACACUUGUUGUAAAUUGCACAGUGCCGACACUCAUGAAUGGCAAUGCAGACAAGACAAUGGUGUCCUAUCCUCAGAGUGUGAACUACACGUGUAAUACUGGUUAUAGAAUGAAUGGAUCUGCCACAGCAAUGUGCAGUGCUGAUGGAACUCUACAAAUACCUACUUGCAACAUUGUCAAUUGUACUGUGCCAACUGUCACCCAUGGCCGUGGUGACAAGAGAGUUCUGUCAUACCUUCAAAAAGUGAAUUACACAUGUGACACUGGUUAUAGUAUAAAUGGAUCUGAAGAAGCAACUUGCAGUGCUACUGGAACUUUGACGGAGCUGAAACCCGUCUGUAACAGUGAGUUGGAAGAUCUGUUGUACAAGCAUCUCUAA